AUAUAAUAAUUCUACUAUGAAAGUUGAAGAAAAAAGAAUUCUGCUUUGGCUGCUGUUAAGCCUGUUAUGUGCUCAUCUUUUUUCAGGACUGGCAAAUGAUGCUUUGUCCUAUGAUUACACAGCCAGUUUGGAGUGUUUGGAGAAGCCACACAAACCCCAGUAUGGAGGAGGAAUCAUUUUAAACCCUGAGUUGAACCAUGGCUUGAAAGGAUGGUCUGCUUUUGGAGGUGCAGAAAUGGAAAAUAGAGCAUCAGGAGGCAACACCUUCAUUGUGGCUCAUAGCAGAAAACAAAUGAAUGAUAGCAUUUCACAGAAACUUCACUUGCACAAGGACAAGCUUUACACAUUCUCUGCUUGGAUACAAGUGAGCAGCGGAAACACCCCAGUAACAGCUGUUUUCAGAACAAAUUCUGGUCCUCAAUAUGCUGGUGCUGUUUUUGCUGAAUCUGGAUGCUGGUCCAUGCUCAAGGGUGGCCUCACCGUCGAUUCUUCGGGCCCUGCUGAGCUCUAUUUCGAGAGCGAAGAUACAUCGGUUGAGAUCUGGGUGGAUAGCAUCUCACUGCAACCAUUCACUCAAGAACAAUGGACAUCUCAUCAAGAUCAAAGCAUUGAGAAGACGCGAAAGAGAAAGGUGAGACUCCAAGCAACUGACGCCCAUGGAAAUCCCAUAGCAGGCGCAAAAAUGGCUAUUAAACAAAACAAACUGAAUUUCCCAUUCGGUAGUGCUAUCAGUAAGUACAUCCUCAGCAACACUGCCUACCAGAAUUGGUUCACCUCAAGAUUUACGGUCACGGUAUUCGAAAAUGAACUCAAGUGGUAUAGCACAGAAUGGUCCCGUGGCAAGGAGGACUAUUCAGUCCCGGAUGCCAUGCUUCGAUUUGCCAAGCAACACGGCCUUGCAGUCCGCGGCCACAAUAUUUUAUGGGACAAUGGAAAUAACCAACCCAGUUGGGUUCCUUCCCUUUCAAAUAGUGAACUCCAAGCGGCGGUUGACAAAAGGAUAAACUCAGUUGUGAGGCGCUACUCAGGCCAGUUCAUUGGGUGGGAUGUUGUUAAUGAAAAUUUGCAUUUUUCCUUCUUUGAAAGCAGGCUGGGGGCCAAAGCUACCGGCGUUGCUUUCCAGAAGACUCGCCAACUUGAUGGAAGAACCACCUUGUUCAUGAAUGAAUAUGAUACGAUAGAGAAGAGUGGUAAGGGCUCAGCCUCUCCGGACAAGUACCUUCAGAAGCUGAGAGAGAUCCAAUCUUUUCUCCGUGGUGGUGGAAAUCUGGGUAUUGGUCUUGAGGGUCAUUUUCGGACUCCAAACAUUCCCUAUAUGAGAUCUGCAAUUGAUAAGCUUGCUGCUGCAAAAUUUCCCAUUUGGAUUACGGAACUGGAUGUCGACCCCAGCCAGCCAAUGCAUUUAGAUCAGGUUCUCAGGGAGGCACAUGCUCACCCGGCCAUCCAUGGGAUAGUAAUGUGGGCAGCAUGGAAACCAGAGGGCUGUUUCCGGAUGUGUUUGACUGAUAGCAAUUUCAAGAACACGCCCACGGGAGAUGUUGUAGACAAGCUAUUGCAGCAGUGGACUCAUGCGGGAUUGGUGGGAACUACUGAUGCUGAUGGCUUUUUUGAAACUUCCCUUUUUCAUGGAGACUAUGAAGUAGCAAUCACUCAUCCAACUGUGACGAAUUCCUCCUUGAUUCACAGCUUUAAGGUGGCAUCAUCAACAGAUAUUUCUCCAGAAUCAGCACUGCUUGUUAAAGUGUCUGCGUGAGUUUUCUUUGUCAGGGCUUGUGUUAAGGAAAUUUCAAUAAGAAAAUAAACAAAAUUAAAGCAUUCCUUUAUUAAUAUAACAAAUUUUGGAUGAAAUAUUUAUGCUUAGUCAAUUCUUUUUC